GUUUUUUGUUCUUUGUCGGAAAAACAUUUGUUCUUACAAUGUCAGAUAAGCCUGCAAUAGUUUUAGAUAAUGGUUCUGGGAACUGCAAGUGCGGGAUUGCUGGAGAGGACUCUCCUAAGGCGGUAUUUCCUGCAAUUAUUGGUAAACCAAAGCAAGCUGGAGUUAUGGUCGGAAUGGGACAAAAAGAGGAAUAUGUCGGAGAUGCAGCUAUGUCGAGAAGAGGGAUUCUCACAAUCAAAUACCCAAUAGAACAUGGUAUUGUAACCAAUUGGGAUGACAUGGCAAAAAUAUGGCAUCAUGCCUUUUAUAAUGAGCUUCGAGUGAAUCCAGAAGAACACCCUGUGUUGUUGACUGAGGCUCCCUUGAAUCCCAAAGCUAAUAGAGAGAGAAUGACCCAAAUCAUGUUUGAAGACUUCAAUGUUCCGGCACUUUACGUAGCAAUUCAAGCAGUGCUUUCUUUGUAUGCUUCUGGACGUACUUCUGGAAUUGUAAUAGACUCCGGGGAUGGUGUUACGCACACGGUUCCUAUUUAUGAAGGCUAUUCUCUCCCUCAUGCCGUGCUUAGAAUAGAUUUGGCCGGUAGAGAUCUGACCCAGCAUAUGGCCAAACUACUUAUGGAAAGAGGACAUAGUUUCACUACGACAGCUGAGAUGGAAAUCGUUCGAGAUAUCAAGCAACAACUUUGCUAUGUUGCGGAGGACUAUGAGAAAGAAUUAGAAAAUGCGGCCACCAACGCAUCCCUGGAGAAACCUUAUGAAUUACCCGAUGGUCAGGUAAUUACUGUCGGUAAAGAAAGAUUCAUGUGCCCCGAAGCAUUGUUCAAGCCAGACAUGUUGGGACGUGAAGCAGACGGUGUUCAUAAAACUUCGUACAAUUCCAUCAUGAAAUGUGACAUUGAUAUUCGUAAAGAUUUGUAUUCUAACAUAGUCAUGUCUGGUGGAACUACCAUGUAUCCUGGAAUUGCUGCCCGUGUUCAAAAAGAAAUAGAAGCUCUAGCUCCUUCCUCUAUGAAGAUUAAGGUCAUUGCACCUCCAGAGAGGAAAUACUCUGUGUGGAUUGGAGGUUCCAUUCUCGCAAGUCUGAGCACUUUUCAACAAAUGUGGGUCACAAGAGAAGAAUAUGACGAACACGGUCCUUCUAUAGUACAUAGAAAAUGCUUCUAGAGCGUUGGUUACCACAUGCAGCAUUUGCUUACAUGCCAUUGGCAGGUAUUUGAGUUGUCUUG